UUGCGGAAGAGCCGAGGGGGCACGCGAACAGGCGGCCCCGCGAGGAGGAGGAUGGACUGCCCUUACCUCGACACCGUGAAUCGACAGGUCCUUAAUUUCGACUUUGAAAAGUUCUGCUCAAUCUCCUUAUCAAAUUUGAAUGUGUAUGCAUGCCUAGUUUGUGGGAAGUAUUACCAAGGAAGAGGGCUAAAAUCACAUGCAUAUACCCACAGCCUUGAGGCAGGCCACCAUGUGUUCAUUAACCUUCAAACUGAGAAAGUUUAUUGUCUUCCUGAUGGAUAUGAGAUUAACGAUCCAUCACUAGAAGAUAUUCGACAUGUUCUCAAUCCAAGGUUCGCGAGAGAGCUGGUUCUAAAUCUUGAUAAGAACAGGCAGUGGUCAAGGGCUCUGGAUGGCUCCAAUUAUCUACCUGGAAUGGUUGGUCUUAACAACAUUAAGGAGACUGACUUUGUGAACGUCACCAUACAAUCAUUAAUGAGAAUUACUCCUUUGAGAAAUUUCUUUCUCAUACCUGAAAAUUACCAGCAUAGCAAAUCUCCAUUAGUUCAUCGCUUUGGAGAACUAACUCGCAAGAUUUGGCAUGCUAGGAACUUCAAGGGCCAAAUUAGUCCACAUGAGUUCCUUCAAGCAGUUAUGAAGGCCAGCGAAAAGAGGUUUCAGAUUGGUGUCCAGUCUGAUCCAGUCGAAUUUAUGUCAUGGCUCUUGAACACACUGCAUGCCAAGCUAAGAAGUUGCAAGAAGAAAAAUUGGAGCAUCAUAUAUGAUUGCUUUCAGGGAGAACUUGAAGUUGUAAAGGAUAUUCACAGGCAUCAUAUAUUGGGAGAUCAGCAGAAUGGUGAGGCAGGUUCACAGAUUGAAACAACAAUCAACGGUUUGGACACGGAAACUUCUAGGGUCCCAUUCUUGAUGCUCAGUCUUGAUCUUCCACCUCCACCUCUUUUCAAAGAUGCUAUGGAGAAAAAUAUUAUUCCACAGGUACCGCUGUUUAAUAUACUGAAGAAGUUUGAUGGCGAGGCAGUUACGGAGGUGGUGCGGCCAUCUAUUUCUCGGGUGAGGUACCGAGUCAUGCGACUUCCAAAGUAUAUGAUCUUUCAUAUGCGGCGGUUUACCAAAAAUACCUUCUUUGUAGAGAAAAACCCUACACUAGUAAAUUUUCCUGUGAAGAACUUGGAGUUGAAGGAUUACAUUCCACUGCCUAAGCCAAUAGAGAAUGAGAAGCUCCGCUCAAAGUAUGAUCUCGUAGCCAACAUUGUACACGAUGGAAAACCGGGAGAAGGAUGCCACAGAGUAUUUGUGCAGCAGAAAUCGGAAGAGGCAUGGUAUAUGCAGGAUCUCCAUGUCACCGAGACCCUUCCACAGAUGGUAGCUCUCUCGGAAGCCUACAUGCAGAUAUAUGAGCAACAGGAAUGAGGGAUGCAGACGGUGAAUGGUGAUCAUCAUGUAGCCUUCCUCACCCAGUUUUUUUUCCCGCUUACAACAGAUGAUAUUUCACAAGCUAAUUUAUAUGUAUCGAUCAAUUUUUGGAGCGCACGAGUGUUUUCUGACUGAGGAACAAUAACUGUUAGGUACUUAGAUCUACGUUGCAAAGAGAUUCCAGGAGCUAGCAGUUGUAAAAUGUAAAAAAAGGUACCCACACUUCUCAAAUUUUUGCUUAAAGAGCAUUGUUUUUUCU